AAAAACAAAAGCUUCUUUAAUUAUAACUACUCUCAUGGUACACAUGCAUACACAUACUGGUACAUACAUACAUAGCAGAUAGCCGCCAAUUGUACUUAUAAUUCGAUCAAGGUCGCUUAGGAUGCUCUCACACAGACGCACGCACACUUUACAAACAAACACACACACACACGCACACAGACACACACAUAUACACGCAAACAUUCGCACGCGCGGCGUAUUGUUAGCGUAAAUACAUCAACGGUGUGCAAUAUUUACUUUUAUGUUACCGUUGCACUGAAGACUCUAUGUUUAGUCGGUUGGUUAACACGUCGGUCUAGCAGCAUUAAAGCUGUUUUGCCUUGGAUCGAACCAGAACUCUGUUCACAGUUUUUUUUCAGAAAAAAAAAAUGUCGCAACAAGGCGGCGAGAGAUCUGGUGGUGAGAGGACAAACUGCAGCGAAGAUAACGGAAAAUUCAAAGUCGCAGACGAUAGUAGCAGAGCGAAACCCUGGCUGAAAAUGACAGCUGUCAAAGAUGGCCGGCAAUGACAGAUGUCAAAAAUGGUUGAUGGCCCUGACGUCAGAGUAGAGUGGAAGGGGUAAAACGGUCGAAAAAGGACGAAAUUGAACCUUCAUAAGAAAAUACAUGGGAUUUUGAGGCCGAACUGUCAUAGCCUAUCUACUCAUGUCUUCUUUACUACAUAUUUUCAUGCUGCGCUAUUUUUCUAUAAUUUUCAUUAUUUUUACAGCUUUCACAGGCACCGACCAUCGCCGCUCCCCUACGAGCCCCUCCUUCAGUUGUCUUGCCUCAGAUUCAGGUUUCACAAUCAUCGACCAUGGCCGUCCCUUUACAAGCCCCUCCUUCAGUUGUUUUGCCACAGAUUCCGAUUUCACAUUCACUGAUCAUCGCCGUCACCGUACGGGCCCCUGCUUCCGUUGUCCUGCAACAAUUUCUGCAUCUUUUUCAGAACACGAUUGUAUUUUCUGCUCAGGCAAUAUUCAAGUUACCUAAUUGAAAAUACACAACUGUCAAUAAAAUGCGGAAGCAGAAGUACUGACGUAAGAGUUGCUACUAAGAAAGUCUAGUUAUAAUUACAACGUAUCGACUAGGUAAUAAUAAAAACGUGUAAAUAAAA